UCAUUUGCUUUUGUUAUGAAUCUCCUUCUUUUCUGUGCCUUUUUGGGCACUGCUGCUGCCCAGAUCAUUCCUGCCGUUUACUAUGGCCCCCCGACCGGCCAAAAUAACAUUUUUGGGAAUGGAGCGCCAGAUACUGAUGUUGGGGCCCAAGGAAACGGCUUCGGACCUCCUUCAAGCAAAGAUAACGUUAACAGCUUCCGACGCAACGGUAAUGGACUAGGAGGCAACGGCUUCAGAAGAAACGGUAACGGCUUUGGUGCCCCUGCCCCUAGCAACGGGUAUGCGCCCCCCAGUAACACCUAUGGAGUACCCAACGGCGGAUACGGAGUAGACCCUGAGAUUGCCGCUUUGGCCGAGAACAUUCCCGGGGGCGGCGUCCCCGGCGAGGACUACCCCAUCUUGGCUUCCGUGCCCGACACCGGCUUCUCGUGCGAUGCCCAGGCGGUGCAAGGUUAUUACGCCGACACUGCAGCUGAAGCCGGCUGCCAGGUGUUCCAUAUCUGCCAGGACCGCGCCCUCAGGCGCCAACAGGACUCGUUCCUGUGCCCCAACGGUACCAUCUUCAACCAGCAGUACCUGGUAUGUGACUGGUGGUUCAACGUGGACUGUUCUCAAGCUGAGAGCUUCUACUCCGUCAACGAACUCAUCGGAGUCGUUCCCGACGCCGGUUAUGCUUAUGCUGCCGCCACCAACGGCAUCCUCAACGGAAACGGAAACGGAUAUGGAGCCAACGGAAACGGAAGGAAUGGCAACGGAGCCACCAAUGGAAAUGGAUAUCGCUCAAACGGCAACGGCAACGGCGCUAAUGGCAAUGGCAGGAACGGCUAUGCAGCUAAUGGCAACGGAGUUUCCAAUGGCAAUGGCAGGAACGGCUAUGCUGCUAAUGGCAAUGGCAACGGAGUCUCCAAUGACAAUGGCAGGAAUGGCUAUGCUGCCAAUGGCAAUGGAGCGAACGGUGUCAAUGGAAAUGGUUUCAACGGCAAUGGAUAUAGAUCCAAUGGUAACGGCAAUGAAAGGAAUGGCAAUGGAAAUGGCAACAGGUACAAUGGCAAUGGAAGGAAUGGUAAUGGAAAUGGUAAAAGGUACAAUGGCAAUGGUCUCCGAACAAAUGGAAAUGGAAGGAACGGCAACGGUAAUAGAAACGGAUAUAAUGGCAAUGGCUUCAAUGGCAACGGAAACGGCAAUGGGAGGAGCGCCUUCAAUGGCAACGGAUACAACGGCAAUGGCUUCAAUGGCAACGGAAACGGCAAUGGGAGAAGCGCCUUCAAUGGCAACGAAUAUAACGGCAAUGGGAGGAGCGCCUUCAAUGGCAACGGAUACAACAGCAAUGGCUUCAAUGGCAACGGAAACGGCAACGGAGCUGCCGCUCCGGCUGCCUCCUACGGCGCUGCUUUCUAAACGGACUCUCGUUCGCUUCCUAAACUGGCUCCUCAGUAAACGCAUGUAUAUUUCAGCGCUUAAUAGAUAUUCUAUAUUUUUGCAAGAAUACAUAUGAAAUAACUAUUCUUUUGUUUCCACA